UUGUCAUUUUAGGUGUGUCAAAAUUUUAAAGGAAAAAAAUGGAAUUUUAUUAAUUUCAUGUAUUUAAAUUAAAAUUAGUGUAGUAACUUGGUGUUUAUUCACGUAAACCAGGUAAAAUUGUUGUAGAAUCAUGGCCAGCGAGAGCAGUUCUGCGGUGCUGGAGCUGAACGAUGCAGAUGCGACGGACACGGAGGCCCCCAGCGUGAUAGACGAUGCCCACGAUGCCACCCCUCUUAUCAUGGAGCACGGAUAUGAUAUUGCUGUUAAGGUGGACGCGCCAAUGAAGCAGCUUUCAACACUAGAGACGUUUGUAACAUAUCGGGUCAGGUGCGUGUGUGCGCGUUGGAGCACCCCGCCGUACGUGCGGCGCCGGUAUAACCACUUCAAAUUGCUACAUAAACGCUUGUCUGCGGCUCACCCGCUGGUGGCGGCGCCGCCCCUGCCUCCGCUCCACUCCGCGAGGCAACAACUCGACAGAUACUCCCCCGUCUUCGUCGCUGUGAGGUGUUUGGCCUUACACGCGUUCCUUGAGCGCGUGGCCAAGCAUCCGAUCCUGACCCACAGUGAGGACUUCAGGUUGUUCCUCACUACACCUGACGAUGACCUGGACAAGGUGUUCAAGAGUGAGAACAGUGCAUUAAAUCUAUGGGGCUUAAGUACUGCUUUGUACGGAGGAGGAGAAUCCAAACCUGCCAACGGAGCCAGAGUGAAAGACCCAGAGUUCAGUUCGGCAGCGGACUACCUACAGUCCCUGCAGCAGAAAUUGACCACCCUCUGUGUGUUGACCAGCAAACUUUACAAGGGGUCCGUGUCACUAAGCACUGAGCUCAUGGGCAUGCGUCGUGUGUGCGACGCGUGGGCGGUGCAGGCGGGGGGACGCUGUGGGGCUGCGGUCGCGGGCUGCGGGGUCGGGGCCUCCGCCGCGGCGACCCCCCGCGCCAGGGCUCCGCUCAAGUACCGCGCCACACUGCCACUGCUCGCGGCGUACGCGGGCGCUCAUCUGGACAAGAUACGCAACAGAGACGCACUGCAUGCGGCCUAUGUAGCGGGAAACAAUGCCACAGACGAAGUACACAAUAGAUUAGAACAAGCCUCCGAAGCCCUACGUUCAGAACUAUCGGACUGGAUUCCAAAAACCAGAACGGAAAUCCGUUCCUUACUAUUGGAAUUAGCGGACAGACAAGUGACGAUCCACACCCAAGCCCUAAUGGGCUGGGAACAUGCCCUUAAGUUAUCCACAGAAGACAUCUCCGAGAUGUUCAAAACAGUAUCAAAAUCGGCCGUGCAAAAUCUAUCACCCACCAAAUGUAGAAACCUUAUGACGCCCGAAACAGAAAGGGAUAUAGAUGAUAUUGAUAUAGAGAACUAUAGUAACGACUCGGAUAUACAGGAUGUUUCGCAUUUGGACAUUUCCAAUAUACAGGAUGAUUUCAAAAGUGAAGUCGGUGAAAAAAGUGAUUUGAACUAUGACAAAAGUGUCAAAAGUGAUCUAAACUAUGAUAAAAGUGAUUUGAACUGUGUGAAAAGUGAUUUGAAUGGUGACAAAAGUGAUUUGAAAAGUGUGGAAAGUGACCAGGGGGUGUCAAAUGGUGAGAAGUUGGAUUUGAAGGAAGAGAGUCCGAAGUUCUCGGAUCCGUUGAAGGAUUUUUCGGAAGUGGAUUUGUCAUGAUUCUGUGAUUCUAUUUUUUGUAAUAUAAUGAAGGAUUUUUGAGUUUUCUUUUACCUGUUAUUGUUUUUUUGAUUACGAUUCUACCACUUGUAAGUUAUGUUGAUUUACCUGCGCAGAAAACUUAGUUUUGACGCGAAAAUAUCUCAGCCAAUCAUAGCGCGCGUCCGUCCGCUAUUGGUUGUCGCCUACGCGCCAUGUUUUGUACGCGCGAAUUAUGAGCGAGAUAGCACGAGUCUCUGUUGUUUUUGUGUUUAAAACCUUAACGUCAAGCAAUAAGGUCUGUAUUUCAUUGGUGUAUGUUCGGUUUUGGGACUUAAAGUGGUAGGUAGUAUUGUAGUUCAAUAUGAAUUCUAACAAGUUACAUCAUUGUUUCAUUUCUUGUCAACAAAGAGAUCUAUAGUCUGUACACUAACAUGGUGUCGGUACACGCGCAGGCGCUCUUAUUAUACUGCUUUUAUUUAAUUAUUUUUUACUGUGUUUGUUAAAUAAAAUAUUUUUUCUAUUCU